CAAAUGUUGUUUUAUAAAUAAAAACGAUAAAUAACUUUGUUAAAUUGAUAUCAAAAGUUAAAGAUCGAGAAAUCAAAUGUUUCCUCUUGUUCACACUGUGUGUUGAUAAGAAACACAUUAUUUUCGUUAGGUACUUGGUGUCAAGGUCUCGCAUAUGAAAAUAAUUUCUAGAAUAUUUGCAUUCAAGUUGAAUUUAAAGUAUGAUUGGUGAUUGUAAUAAAACGUUGCCUAUGAGCACUAUUCCGGAGAGGUUCUUAAAGAAUGUUUAUGUCAACAAAAAUGCUGUGGAAAAACAAAUUAGAUGUAUAUUAAAUGAUUACCCUGUAGUGGAAAAUGAAACAAUGAAACCAUGGCUAUUACGAGUUAUAUCUGUGAUUGACUUGACUACUUUAUCUGGAGACGACACUAGGUCUAAUGUUGUAAGAUUGUGUCAGAAGGCUGCGAAUCCCAUAAAACAAGAUAUUUUAAAUAAAUUGGGCAUUGAUAAUAACAAGCUUACGACAGCUGCAGUUUGUGUGUACCCUGCAAGAGUACCUGAUGCCUAUGACAUUAUAAAACAGAUGGGAUUGACUGACACCAUACAAAUAGCAUCAGUUGCAACAGGUUUUCCAUCUGGACUGUACCCAUUGCAGAGUAGACUGCAAGAGAUAACAUUUGCAGUCAGUAAAGGGGCGACUGAAAUUGAUGUGGUAUUAGACCGCAGUUUGGUGUUGACGGGCAAAUGGGAUGAGUUGUACAAUGAAGUGGUACAAAUGAGACAAGCUUGCGGUGCUGCACACUUAAAAGUUAUUCUUGGAGUUGGUGAACUUGGUUCCUAUAGAAAUGUGUACAAAGCUUCAUUGAUAUCUAUGUUAGCCGGUGCUGAUUUUAUUAAGACGUCAACAGGCAAAGAGGUUGUGAAUGCGACGCUACCAGUUGGUCUAGUGAUGUGCCGUGCUAUACGCUACUUCUACCAACUGACAGGUGUCAAGGUGGGUUUAAAGCCGGCUGGUGGUAUAAAGACAGCGAGAGACGCCAUUAACUGGCUGGUUCUAGUAUACACAGAGUUGGGGCCCGAAUGGAUUACACCAGAUCUGUUCCGUAUCGGAGCGUCAAGUCUGCUUGAUGUUGUCGUGAAAUCUCUCGAUGAUUGUACCAAGUUAAUCCCGAAGAUGUGAUAUAAAUUAUGUAGGUGGU